AUAUCAGUUAAUGAAAGAGCCCAAUGCAAAAAAAAAAUGCAUGUUGGGUCUUUGAAACAGUUCAAAUCAUUUUGCGAAUAAUAAGUUUGAUCUGUUUUACCGAGAAGGUCUACGGUUCGAGUCCGUAUAGCCCUAGUAAAUUUAUAUACUAGCGAAUGAAUAUUAAUAAUUCAUUCCAACCUAAUCAACUAUAAUUGAAUGGAAUAAAUAGAUCGAGGAACACCCUAUUUAACUGUGAUAUGAUUUGUUUAAUAGAAUUUAAUUUGUAUCCAAGCCUCGGUUUGAAAAAGUCUCUUUGCCAACGUUUCAUCGGCAAAGAGACUUUUUGUCUUUAUAUACCUUACCUAUCAAAGCGCAAAACAAGUAGUCUUUUCUUUCCUUAUACAAUCAAUAGAAAUACUCUGUCGGAAUUAGAAUUAAAUAAACUAUACCAACAUAAUUCCAAUUCUAAAAUCGAAAUUCUUCAACAUUCUCUUACACGAGAAUUCUCUAUUAUAAAUAAUAUAUAAAUAAUAUAAAUAAAAAAAGCGGAAAGAAAGAAAAAAAUUCCAAAUUGAAUUAUGAUUUUUUUCCGGUUCAAUCUUUUCUUUCUUUAGUUAUAUAAAAUCGAGGUGAAAGUGAGAAAGUUUUAUUUGUAUAUAUAAGAUAAGAACAAUAGAAUAAUUCUAUAAUAUAGAAUAAAAAUUACAAGUGGAAUGGAAAACAAAACAGAAAUAAGAUUCGAGUCAAUCACUCUUGAAACGGAACACAUCCCGCAGUAAACAAACGUAACUCGGUUGGUUAGGCGGUUCACUCAAAAUAAAUUGUUGUUUUAACUAAAAGAGUUAGAGUUAUAGAUAAUUUGAGAAUUCCAAUUCGAAUCAACUAAUUCGACAUAUUUUCCACAUUCAUAAGGAGUCCGUCUAUGUUUCUACUUUAUGAAUAUGAUAUUUUUUGGGCAUUUUUAAUAAUAUCAAGUGUUAUUCCUAUUUUAGCAUUUCUAGUUUCCGGAAUUUUAGCUCCGAAUAGCAAAGGACCCGAGAAACUUUCGACUUAUGAAUCAGGUAUAGAACCUAUGGGGGAUGCUUGGUUACAAUUUCGAAUCCGUUAUUAUAUGUUUGCGCUAGUUUUUGUUGUUUUUGAUGUUGAAACCGUUUUUCUUUAUCCAUGGGCAAUGAGUUUUGAUAUAUUGGGUGUAUCCGUAUUUAUAGAAGCUUUAAUUUUCGUGCUUAUCCUAAUUGUUGGUUUAGUUUAUGCAUGGCGAAAGGGAGCAUUGGAAUGGUCUUAAUCCCCGAAUAUUCCGACAAUAAAAAAAAAAAGAAAAAAAAAAUAAGAUUGAAACAGUUAUGAAUUCCAUUGAGUUUCCACUACUUGAUCGAAUAGCCCAAAAUUCAGUUAUUUCAACUACAUCAAAUGAUCUUUCAAAUUGGUCAAGGCUCUCGAGUUUAUGGCCGCUUCUCUACGGUACCAGUUGUUGCUUCAUUGAAUUUGCUUCAUUAAUAGGCUCGCGAUUCGACUUUGAUCGUUAUGGACUGGUACCCAGAUCGAGCCCUAGACAAGCGGAUCUAAUUUUAACAGCAGGUACCGUAACAAUGAAAAUGGCACCUUCUUUAGUGAGAUUAUCUGAGCAAAUGCCUGAACCAAAAUAUGUUAUUGCUAUGGGAGCAUGUACAAUUACAGGAGGGAUGUUCAGUACCGAUUCUUAUAGUACUGUUCGAGGGGUCGAUAAACUAAUUCCUGUGGAUGUCUAUUUGCCGGGCUGCCCCCCUAAACCAGAAGCAGUUAUAGAUGCUAUAACAAAACUUCGUAAAAAAAUAUCUCGGGAAAUCUAUGAAGAUAGAAUUAAGUCUCAACAGAAGAAUCGAUCACCAGGCGGGCUGUUAGCUAGUGUGUAUCAUCUUACGAGAAUAGAAUACGGUGUGGAUCAACCAGAAGAAGUAUGCAUAAAAGUAUUUGCUUCAAGGAGGAAUCCCAGAAUUCCGUCCGUUUUCUGGGUUUGGAAAAGCGCGGAUUUUCAAGAACGGGAAUCUUAUGAUAUGUUGGGAAUCUCCUAUGAUAAUCAUCCACGCUUGAAACGUAUUUUAAUGCCUGAAAGUUGGAUAGGAUGGCCCCUACGUAAGGAUUAUAUUGUCCCCAAUUUUUAUGAAAUACAAGAUGCUUAUUGAAUGGUAAGGAAUUUAUUUUCACUUCUACGACAUAAAGACUUUUUAUAUUAUAUAUGUUCUGCUCUAGAUUAAAUAGAGUAACUGAUGUCCCGCAGGUAUUCUAUAUCUGGAAUAUGGAUAGAUAAAAAAAUAAAAGACAAGUCACGAAUUCAUUGAGAUUUGAAAAAGUUUUCUUUUGGAUGAGCUAAGAACCGAUAGAAUGAACUAAAAAGUUAUGUAUUAUGAACUUUGUACCGCGUAUCCAUCAAUUACUUACUUAGAGGGGUCAGAAAGUCCUAUACCUAUAAAUUCUUAUAUUAUUAGGAAAUCAAGAAAUAUAUACCAAAGGGAAUCUGAUUCUAUUUGGAAUUUAUCUAAGAUAAUUCUUAUUUAUCGUCAUCCUUUAACUCUUCGAGACUCUAUUUUUAUUUGAGUGUUUCAACUUUUUUUGAAUAUUUGGAAUAUGUAUGAAGUAUUAAUAUGCAUUUUGUCUGAGAGUAAACACAAUAUGAACAAAUAAAAAAAAUCGAAAACAUAAAAAAAUUCGUUAUUUUCAUUUUACUUUUAAAAACUUUGGAUCCAUCUAUUUUUUUUUUAGGGAUAGGUGGGGUAUCUUGGGCGAUAACUAGCUAAGUAACUUAUGUACGUGUCAUGAUCUCGACUAGUAAUGAAUAUGUAUAUCAAUCCGUAUUGGUUAAUUUGUAGAAUAUAUUAUAUAUACUCAUACAAAAGGUAUGUGCCAAGAACCAGAUUUGAACUGGUGACACGAGGAUUUUCAGUCCUCUGCUCUACCAACUGAGCUAUCCCGGCCAUUCAUUCACCCUUCUGGUGCAUUAUCUUCUCAUUUUACUCGAUAACUUGGGUCUAUGUCAAUUAAAAAAAGGACGAAAGUUAUUACAAAGUCUUAUCUAGGUAUCGAAAUCUCUUUGGUUUUCCAAUUCGAAAUUUGUCUAUAAUUUGAUUAUUAUGAGUAAUCAUAUGAAUUGUGAAUCACUCAAAUGAGUACUCCUUGUUCAAAGAUAUCCAUUUGUAUGUCUAUCAUAUAUAUCACAAGACUUGUUAUAAGAGAAAAACACUUCCGUCCAGAUCCAUUUUGAAAAGAAAAAAAAAAGAUAACUAGUUAGGGAGUCAAAAAGCUUUUGGGGAUAGAGGGACUUGAACCCUCACGAUUUUUAAAGUCGACGGAUUUUCCUCGUACUAUAAAUUUCAUUGUUGUCAGUAUUGACAUGUAUAAUGGGACUCUAUCUUUAUUCUCGUCCGAGUAACCGAUUAACCGGUUCUUUCAAAGAAAGAUCUAUCAGACUAUGGAGUGAAUGAUUUGAUGAAUAUUUGAUUCUUUUUUCAACUUGAAAUAGAGUCAAAAAAAUUCUUCCAUUUUUUCAUUUUUAUUUCUAGAAAAUUUCAUAUUCUAUAUUAUCUCGAAAUCAGAAAUAUCUAAAAAUUCUAAAAAUAGAAAUACAGAAUAGAUUCGAAGUGCCAUUAAUCAGGAAUUUCGACAGAAGAAUUCUUCGAACAACCCAGCACAAUCAACUCCAUUUGUUAGAACAGCUUCCUUUGAGUCUCUGCACCUAUCCUUUUUUUAUUCUUGCUUUCUGAAUCCUUUUUUUUUUUUUUUUUACUUUUGAAAAAGGAGUUGGCUCAGGAUUGCCCAUUUUUAUUAAUUCCAGGGUUUCUCUGAAUUUGAAAGUUUUCACUUAGUAGGUCUCCAUACUAAGGCUCAAGCCAAUUAAGUCCGUAGCGUCUACCGAUUUCGCCAUAUCCCCCUUUUUUUUAAGAUUUUUUUAAGAUUAGGAUCUCAGGGUGAUGUCCUUCCCCUUUAUUUUAUUUUUUUUCUUUCAUUUCGGUCGGAACCAUCGAAUUCAUGAGAUUUUAUAUGAAUUACUAUAAACCAAAAAUUUUUUGUCUAUCUUCUUUCAUCUCUAUCGGAAGUCUAUAUUUGACUUUUUUUUGGUCUAAUCAGAAAUGA